CGGCGGCGGCUUUGGCGGCUACUUUGGCGGUAGUAGCAGGUUCGGCAGCAAUUCCGGCAGCAAGUCUGGCGGCGGCAGCUUCGGCAACCUCGGCAUCCACAAGGGGGGGCAUCAACUACCACAGCAACUACGGCAUCAACUAUAACAUCAACUACUACCAUCAGCAUCAAACCCGGGCAGCAGCAGCAAAAAAAAAAGCAAGCAAGCAAGCAUGCCGGGCCGGCUAGAGACGUUCCACGCGGGGGAGGCGCACAUGCGCGACGCCAUGGCCAUCCCGCCGGGGGAGAACCCGACGGCGGUGGGCCUGCCGGCGCCGUACGCGGCGCGGGUGGAGGCGUCGGCGCUGCUGGCGGUGGGGACGCUCGACGGGGCGGGCCGGCCGUGGACGACGGUCUGGUGCGGCGCGAGGGGCCUGGCGGCGCGGGUCGCCGAGGACGUGCUGGGCGUGAGCAGCGUGGUCGACGGGCGGCACGAUCCCGUGUACGCGGCGCUGUGGGGGGAGCAGCAGGAUCAGCAGCAGCAGCUUGAGCAGCAGCAGGAGGAGGGGGGGAUAAAGGAGAAGAAAGACGCGAGAGGUGGGAGCGUGAGUAGCGGCGUGGUGCGGCCCAACGGCGGGCGCGGCAAGAUGGUCGGCGCGCUGGCCAUCGAUCUGGACUCCCGCGACAGGAUGAAGCUGGCGGGGCUGGUGGUGGCUGCGUCGGCGGAGCGUAUGGGCGGUCACGAUGAUGAUGCCGAUGGUGAUGCCGUUGGCGACGACGGUGGUGAUGGCGACGGAGGCGCGGUCGACGUGCAGGCCGCGGUGCUCAUCACCGAGAGCAUCGGCAACUGCCCCAAGUACCUCAACAAAAAGGCCAUAACACGGCGCUCGCCCGGGGCGGCGCGGCUGGCGGGCGCGCGCCUGCCGCUGACGGACGGGGCGCUGGCGCUGCUGGGGCGCGCCGACAUGUUCUUCCUGUCGACGACGACGGGCGACACCAUGGACACGAACUACCGGGGCGGGGUGCCGGGGUUUGUGCGGGUGGUGCGCAACGACGAGGGGGGCGUGACGCUGGCGUAUCCAGAGUACUCGGGCAACAGGCUAUACCAGUCGCUGGGCAACCUCAUCGUCGACGCGCGCAUCGGCAUCACCUUCCCGGACUUUGCCACGGCCGACGUGCUGUACCUGACGGGCACGGCGACGGUGCUCGUCGGCGAGGCGGCCGCGUCGUCGCUCCUCCCGCGCAGCAACCUCGCCGUCCGCAUCGACGUGACGGACGCGCGCCUCGUCGAGGGCGGGCUGCCCUUCCGUGGCGCCGAGGGCGAGCCGUCGCCGUACAACCCGCCGCUGCGGUACCUCGUGAGCGAGCGCGCGGCGACUGCGCCGUCACGGACGGGGGCGACGACGACGACGACGCUGAUGGCCACGCUGGUGGGGCGCGAGGUGCUGACGCCGACUGUCGCGAUCUUUACCUUUGAGCUGUCGUCGUCAGGGUCUGACUCUUCCGACGGCGGUGGUGGUGGCGGCGGCAAAGAGGCGACGUGGCAGGCGGGCCAGCACGUCACGUUGGAUUUUAGGCCGGAGCUGUACACGGGGUACUCGCACAUGUACGACUCCGACCCGCAGAGAAUCAACGACGACUUUGUCCGCACCUUUACCGUGUCGAGCGAGCCGCCGCCGCCGCCGCCGCCGCCGACGAAGACGAAGACGGCGGGGGCGGGGACGGGCAAGAGGAGGCGGUUCGAGAUCACGGCCCGGCGUCACGGCCCGGCGACGGGGCUGCUGUGGCGGCAGAACCUGCGGGCGCCGCUGGAGCUGCGCGUGCUGGGGUUCGGGGGCGAGGCCUCGUUCCGGCUGCCGUUGACGGCCGCAUCAGCAGUGGACUCGUCGUCGUCCAUAAGCGGCGGCAUCCCCCACGAGGUCGUGUACGUGGCCGGCGGCGUGGGCGUGACGCCGCUGCUGGCGCAGGCCCGCGGGGAGGGGGGGGCGCUGCUCACCUCGUCAUCGUCGUCGCCGCGGCUGCGGGUGCUGUGGACGCUGCGCGGCGAGGACCUCGGGCUGGCGGCGCGGGUGUUUGCCGACGUGCCGGGCCUGGCGGGCGCGACGACGCUCUUCGUGACGGGGCCGGUCGAGGCCGAGGCGGACGUCGAGACGCUGGGGAGGCUGCGGGAGGAGAUGAAGGCUACGGCAGCGGCGGCGGCGACGGGGGCUGGGGGCGGCGGCGGCGUGGUGGAGACGCGGCGGAUGCGCGAGGCGGACGUGGCGGCGCUCCGGGGCGGGGGGCGGGCGUUUUACCUCUGCGCGGGGCCGGGCUUGCGGCGGCGGCUGGAGGAGUGGCUGGAGGGGGAGAGGACGGCGUGGGAGGACUUUGGGUAUUGA